AUGGCGGCUUCCCCCGAAGUUUACGAAGUUGAAAAGAUCCUGGCCAGAAGAGAGAGUCAAAAGGGCAAAAUAGAAUACCUAGUCAGGUGGAAGAAUUAUACCAGUGACGAUGACUCUUGGGAACCCUUAUCAAAUUUAGGCGCAUGCAUAGUCUUCAUUGAGGAAUUCAACAAACGAAUGCAGCAUGAAAACACAAACACAGACAAAAAGAACACAGAUGACAAAAAGACUAAUAAAUCUUCCAGGAAGCCCACCGUUAUCAAAAAACCCAAGAUCAAAAAAAAAAAAUUGCCCAACAAACUUGAAAAAUCUUCUAAGCAUUCCAAAUCACAAAAAAGUGAUGUCAAACUUAAACAUAAAAACGAAACUGUUCGCCACAUUUUUCCAAAGAAAAAGAAAACAAAGGCUGAUACUGUUGUUUUAAUAUCACCAGCGAUGUUGCCAUCUGAUUCCUCCCUGAGUGAUUUUGAUCUUUCCUCCCUGUCUUCUGAUGACGAGGGAGUGAGAUAUCGAUUGGCAGACACCAUGUACUUGGAGACACCUUCGCCGGAUAGCAACGGAGUUGUCACUUUUAAUAAUAAAAGUAAACAUAAAAAACGUAAACAAGGAAAUAACAAAAAAACUGAGAGUCCAAAAUUCAAUGGCAAGGAGAAGGAUUGCACAGUGUUACUUUCUUCAUGUAAUAAUGGCAUGGAAUGUAACAAUGCUGCAUCAUAUAACGACACAGGAAGCCCGGCAAGGUCAAAAGGGCCAUCAAUAAUGACGCCUCUGUCCAAACAGAAGCCUGAAUCUCAGGCUGCUUCAGGGCUGCAUUCACCAAGUAAAUUGGGAUAUUACGGGAAUUCACCUCUAACUUCCUACAAAUCUUUGCUGGGAUCCACACCGAAGAAGCAUCUGCCUGAGAGAACUUUUAAAAGAAAACUAUCAGAGAUCUGUGAUGAUGACUCAAAACCACUAGAAAGGCGACUCAGUGUGCGGCAAAGUGAAAGUGUAUAUAAAUAUAAAGAGAUCGUUGUUAAGAAAGCGUCGGGAUACACACAAAUAUGGUUAUUCACAAAUACAACAGUUAAAAAUGCAAUUAACCCACAGGUAUGUAAAGAGAUAAUAAAUGCACUUUGCAAUGCUACAUAUGAUGACAGUCGGGUCGUCAUGAUUAGCGGCUCAGGGAGUGUCUUCUGCUCAGGGAUUGAUCUCAAUUACUUGGCUGAUCGGCCAAUCGAACAAAAAAAGAAAACUGCCAGGGAAAUGACCGAUGCUUUAAGGGAAUUAAUUUACACGAUAAUAAAGUUUCCCAAAUUACUAGUAGCUGCAGUGAACGGACCAGCUGUUGGACUCGGUGCUUCAAUACUGCCAUUGUGUGAUAUAGUAUAUGCCAGUGACAAGGCAUUCUUCCACACACCAUAUGCAAGGCUUGCACAGACUCCUGAAGGCUGCUCUUCUUAUACAUUCCCUCUAAUAAUGGGUCCUGCUAUGGCCAAUGAAAUGCUACUGGGCUGUAAGAAAUUAACUGCUAUAGAAGCGUGUCAAAAAGGACUUGUAUCCCAGGUUUUCUGGCCUACCAGUUUUAUGCAAGAAGUCAUUCCAAGGCUACAGAAUUUGGCAGCUGUAUCAGUGAAGGGCCUGCAGGUUUCUAAAGCAUUAAUUCGCAGUCAUUCCAAUGCUAAGUUGGAGUAUACCAACGAGAGCGAGUGCCAAGCCCUUCAGGAGAGAUGGGGUUCUACAGAGUGUUAUAAAGCUAUUAAAAGUUUUGUGGCAGACGAAAAUGAGAUCUUGGUGUAUGAUGUCUUUUAUAUUGCACUGCUAUGUGUAAAAUGGUUUUCAUGUGAAACAUAA